CUGCAUUAGCAUGUAUGAAAAUACCAAUAUUUGAAUCAAUCUCCUCAAUGGAGCACCUCACAUUCUCCGAGUCCAGUAAAGGGAAUAUUGAUGCAGUUUCCAACAUGAAAAACGAUAAAAUAUAUGUUUUUGCUGGAAGUGCAGACACCCAAAUUAACCCACAGAAUGGACACAACAUUGCGUCAUAUUACAACAACUUUGUAUCAAGUUUCAAUAUUAAAUCAGUAUUCAACAUGGAUGCACAGCACUGUAUGCCAACAGACAAUUAUGGAGGACCUUGUAAUAAGUUGUCCAGUAAUUUUAUUAACAAUUGUGGUUACAAUGCAGCUUAUGAUCUGUUGAAUUGGAUUUAUGGAAAUCUAACAAAACCAACAGUCAACACAAUUGUGUCCGGGCAGCUUUUGACAUUUGACCAGUCAGAGUUUACAGAAAACUCCACAUCGGCUUACAGUAUGGAUAAUACAGGAUACGUAUAUAUUCCGUCAGGAUGUUCUCAAAAUACAAGUAAAUGUAAGCUUCACAUUGCACUACAUGGCUGCAAAAUGGGCAGACAUUAUAUCGAUGAUGUCUAUGUAAAACAUACAGGUUAUAACGAGGUAGGAGAGUUAAAUAAUAUCAUUAUAUUAUAUCCACAAGCAGUACCUAAUUCUAAAAACGCUGACGGAUGUUGGGACAUGUAUGGAUUCACUGGACAAAAUUAUGCUACAAACAAAGGACUACAAGUGAUGGCAAUGGAUAAAAUGCGGAAAAGAGUUAUAGGUCAUUAGGUGACCGCGCUGAAAUACGUCCAUUAUUCAUUUUUCAUUAUUCAAAAUUCAAUAAUGAAUAAUGAAAUAGUUUAUAUAUAUGUUUUAGUAUUCAGGUCGUCCAUACAUUUAGGCAAGGAAUUUCUGUCAAGAAUAGUUUGGAAAACCCACUAGUUUAUCCUCCGAAGCUAAAUAAAUAAAUAAAAUUAAAGAUUUAAAGAGUGUUUUUUUUUUUUUAGUGAUGACAAUUUGAAUAUUCGUUAGAUAACACCAAAAUGAUGAAUUUAAAAAUACGGGAUAUAGCUAUACUCACUGUGUCUGUCAAUUUUUUUUAUUUUUAUUUCACUAUUCACCGCUUCAACUUGAAUAAUGAAACAUAAACUAUUUCAACAUUCAUUAUUCAUCACUUAACAUUGAAUAGUGAAUAGUGAACUAUUUCAUUAUUCAUUAUUGAAUUUUGAAUAAUGAAAAAUGAAUAAUGGACGUAAACUUCAGCGCGGUCAGUUGUGUAAAGAUGUUAAUUUAGUGAAAAUACACCUACUUCAUGUAACUGCAGCAACUCAGAAUACAUGUAUAGACCAAUUUUCGAAUAAAGAAUCAGUGCUCAUCCAUUACAUUAGGAAUUGAAAAAGACAGAUACUAAAAAAUCGUAUUGCGCGCUACUGUUUAUAUUGUAUAGCUGAGGAUGAGCGUCAUUAUUCAAUCGAAUGCUCACUUCAUAACAAUUGGA